AUGCUCGGUCCACUUGUUGGUUCCGCCAUGCUGCUGGUCGCAACUGCGAUCUUUCUUUACUACACGGCAUGGACUCUUCUGAUGCCUUUCGUCGACCAAGGACAUCCUCUGCAUGAUCUCUUCCCUCCGCGCGUCUGGGCGAUCCGGAUACCUGUCAUCCUUACCCUCCUAGGCUCGGCUGUUGUCGGGUCAUUCCUCGGCAUUGUGAUGAUUCGCAGCAGCAGAAAGAAGGCUGCAAAGGCGAAAGCGGCGGCAUCCAAGAAGAAAACAUGA